AAUUGAGCUGCGUUAAUUAACAGUAGGAUAUGCUGUCGUCUGUGGUGAAGCAAGUUGUGAAUGCAUUCGUUAAAAAAAUACCUAGCAACAAGCUAAUAUUUACUUCAACGAUGAGAAACAUGUCAACGAAUUUUGAGGAACAAAAAAUCAACGUCAAAGGGUGGGACAUUAAUUACGUAAAAGUGGGCAGAGGUGCUCAUCCUGUUCUUCUGCUCCCUGGCGCCCUCGGGUCGAUCUGGACAGAUUUCAAGCCUCAAAUUACGAAUUUGGACAAAGAUAAACUGACCAUUGUUGCAUGGGAUCCCCCUGGAUAUGGGAAUUCCCGUCCACCAAACCGGACCUUUGGUGACGAUUUUUACAGCAGAGAUGCGGACUUUGCUCACGAUUUGAUGAAAGCAAUUGGUUUCGAUAAAUAUUCUCUGCUCGGCUGGAGUGACGGCGGCAUUGUCGCACUUUUCUUAGCGGCCAACUACCCCGGGCGCGUUAAAAAAAUGAUCGUAAUUGGUGCCAAUGCUUACAUAUUACCGGAAGAAGCUGACGUUUAUAAAAGUUUAAGAAACAUAGAUUCUUGGUCCGAGCGUAUGAGAGCUCCAAUGAUAGCUGUAUACGGUGAGGGAUACUUCAGGAGUACUUGGGCCUCGUGGGUUGACGCACUUUCGGCGAUAUAUGAGAAAAACAAGGGAGACAUUUGCAUGAAUUUACUGAAACAUAUUCAGUGUCCAACGCUGAUUGUUCACGGAGCAAAAGACGUCAUGGUUCAUAAGGACCAUCCAACGUUCCUCGCAGAAAACAUCAAAAAUUCAAAAAUGCACAUUUUUGAAAAUGGAAGUCACACCCUUCACUUGAAAUAUCACGAAGACUUCAACCGUCUCUCUGAACAAUUUUUGUUGGAAACGGAUUAGGACGGUUAAUUGUGAACUUUCAGUAAGAGACGCUAAGUUUACGUUAUGCAAAAAAGUUGAAAAAAAUAGAACUAAAAAAUUAUAGUUUUGUAUUAAAAAAAAAAAAAAUUCUAUAUAGUUUAUAUUCGCCUCUCGGCACUUGUUAGUAUUAUCUCAAAAAAUUUUGUACCUGCUUAAAGGGGAU